AUGGAGGUCGAAGCAUUUCGGUUUGUGGUGCGAGCGAAGAAAGGAGAGAGGAGAGGGGAGGAGGGGUGCUACCCGCGCGCAGCCCUGCACUGCAGCCCGUGCGCUGCACUGCCUUGCCCUGAGGCGCGCUUCACUGCCUUGCCCUUAGGCGCGCUACGCUGCCCUGCCCUUAGGCCCGCGCGCCGCCCUGCCCUGCAACCAUGCUCGCCCCUGCAGCCCGCGGUCGCCUCUGUAGCCCACACCCGCCCUUGCAGCCGCGCUCGCCCCUGCAACCCAUGCUCGCCCCUGCUGCCCGCGCUCGCCCCUGCACCCGCGCUCGCCCCUGCAGCCCGCGCUCGCCCCUGCAGUCCGCGAUCGCCCCUGCUGCCCGCGCUCGCCCCUGCAGCCUGCGCUCGCCCCUGCAGCCCGCGCUCGCCCCUGCAGUCGCGCUCGCUUCUGGAGCCCGCGCUCGCCCCUGCAGCCACGCUCGCCCCUGUAGCCGCGCUCGCCCCUGCAGCCCGCACUCGUCCCUGCAGCCGAGCUCGCCCCUGCAGCCCGUGCUCGUCCCUGCAGCCGCGCUCGCCUCUGCAGCCCGCGCUCGCCCCUACAGUUGCGCUCACCCCUGCAGCCUGCGCUAGCCCCUGCAGCCCGCGCUCGCCCCUGCAGCUGUGCUCGCCCCUACAGCCCGCGCUCGCUCCUGCAGCCGCACUCGCCCCUGCAGCCCGCGCUCGCCCCUGCAGCCCGCGCUUGCCCCUGCAGCCCGUGCUCGCCCCUGCAGCCCGCGCUCGCCCCUGCAGCCCGCCCUGCCCUUAG